GUCUAGCUAAAGAAACGGUCGAUAAACAUCAAGCAGAGCAGCCUUUGAAACUCUACGCAGGCUGGUUUUGCCCGUUUGUACAGCGCGCCUGGCUGGCUCUAGAGGAGAAGGGUAUUCCUUACCAAUAUGUCGAAGGUGAGUUGAAUUCGCUUGACAAUUUGGCUUUACCCAUGACCAAUUACGACAGUGAAUCCUUACCAUAAGCCCGAUUCUCUCAUGCGCUCCAACCCGCGCGGCCUAAUCCCUACUUUGGAAGUUGCCCCCGGCAAAGCCCUCUAUGAAAGUAAUGUCCUCCUCGAAUACCUCGAGGAUGCAUAUCCAGACCACAAACCCCUGAGGCCCAAAGAUCCGUAUCAGCUAGCCCGCUCGCGCAUCUGGACGGAUUUCGUGACUUCCCGCAUCAUCCCCGCCUUCCACUGGCUGCUGCAGUUCCAGCCCUCGUCCUCGGCGGACGGCGAAGAAAAGCUCGACAAGCUGCGCGCCGAGUACCGCGCCAAGCUUCUCGAGUUCACCCGGGACAUGCAUCCUGAGGGUCCGUAUUUCAUGGGAUCUGAGCUCUCUACUGUGGAUCUAGUAUUGAUUCCCUGGGCGGUCAGGCACUGGGUGUUCGACCACUUCAAGGGGGGAUUACGCAUUCCGGAAGAGGGCAAGGGUGGCGAUGAUGAGAAGGCUUGGGUGCGAUGGCGAAAGUGGGUUAAGGCUCUGGAAGCCCGUGGGAGUGUUAAAGCGACCACGAGUGAGACGGAACAUUAUCUGCCCAUAUACAAGAGGUAUGCGGAUGAUGAAGCACAAAGCGAGUUGGCAAAGGCUACCAGGGAGGGGCGAGGCGUGCCGUAGAAAUCUUCUGUCGUGCUGUUGCGAAAUCCGCUUUACGCCUACAGUGAAGGACUUGCCCUUUGACAUGAUAUUUCCUGAGUGUACGAGAUGGUAUCAGAUAUUGUAGAGCCCCACAAGAUCAAUAAAGAGGUUGUUCCCAA